CUUCCUUACGUUCCUUGCUGCUCGGCCGUCUCAUAUCCUACCCAUCUCUCUUUUCCCGCCUCCAUCAAUACUCUUCAGGUCGAGCCUAGCUCUAAUCAGUUUUGCUUACUAUUACCAGAACCCUAGAUCAUGGCGCCCAAGAGAAAGAAUAGCGACGGUGACGACAAGGCCCCCAAGAAAGGCAAGAAGGGUCAGGCCAAGCCUGAAAAUGAGCGAGAUCCUGAGGGUCAACCCGAGACCAAGGAGUAUGGCGGUUACAUCAUGAAGAGCGGUCGCUGGAAGUGUGAUACCGUUAGAGACAACGGUCAGGUUUGCCGGGGCACAUCGAAGAACGGGGUCACAAACAUUACCUCCCAUUGGCGCAAGCAUCACCUUCCCGGCUCGGCGUACAACAAAGACCAGGACCACUCCUACCGGUGGCCUUGUGUCAUGGGUUGCGAGGGCUUGACCUUCGGCAACUGGCAUUCGCUGCUCGGUCAUCUUCGAGGUCACCACCGCAUCACUGGUAAAUCCGAACAUCUCAAGUCGAAGGCGGUUGAGAAGAUGAAGGCCAAUGGAUGGGAUGCUCCCGAUUCUGACACCGACACGAAGGGAAAGGGGGAGGAGGAGAAGGAAGACGAAGAAGACGAAGAGGAGGACAAUACUGACUGCUCGCCCCCUUCAGGCCCUCCCAACCGCUUCGACCCGAAGAAAGAUGACGACAACGGCAACGAUCCGCCGGCCCUUGCUUCCGCAAUCCCUGUCGUUUAG